CCAGAGGUGCCUGUGUGUACAUGAACAGGGGCAGCUCCUAAUAUUUACAGCACAACAGAGAUGGUAGGAUCACAAACAGAAGGACUGUGGGAAAACGCAUCCACAUAUGUGUGAAUUAAGAACUACUGGAAACGUCUCCCCCAUUAACAUAUGUAGUUGAUCAAGCGGAAGUGUGUCUUUUGGAGAACACGUUCAUCCAGUGGGCAACAUGGCGAUAGCAGCACUGGAGUUGAUGGGUUUCUUUUUUGGCCUUUUUGGCAUGCUUGGGACCCUGGUAGCCACUCUUCUGCCGUAUUGGGCAACAUCUGCACACGUUGGCCCCAACAUCGUGACAGCGGUAGUCAGCAUGAAAGGUCUGUGGAUGGAGUGCGUGCACCAGAGCACUGGAGCCUUCCAGUGUGAGACCUACAACACCCUUCUGGGGCUCACCACUGAUCUACAAGCAGCCAGAGCCAUGAUGGUCAUCUCGUCCAUCUUUUCUGUCAUGGCCUGUGCGGUAUCCACCGUCGGCAUGCAGUGCACUGUCUGCAUGGAUGGCUCUUCUAUCAAGACCAAGGUGGCUGGGGCAGGUGGUUUCCUGUUUCUCCUGGCAGGGCUUUUGUCGUUGAUCCCUGUGUCUUGGAAGACCCAUGAGGUGGUGCAGACCUUCUACAUGCAGAACAUGCCAGCCAGUCUUAAGUUUGAGAUUGGUGACUGCCUGUAUGUGGGUUUGGCUUCUUCACUCUUGUCCAUGCUAGGUGGAGGGCUGUUGAGUGCAUCCUGUUGUGAUGAUUUAGAUGGUAGCAGGGGAACCAGACACCAUUACCCAUACCCUGACCGCACCAUCCCACGCGGACUGCCCCUUUCGAUGCCCUACCAUCCAACUAAUCUACAUUCGACCACAAACCCUAACCUUACCAACAAGAACCAGACCCUUAACAGCCAUACAAGCACUAGUACCCACUCCACUACGCCCGCCCAGGGUCACAGGAAAUCGGCUCGGCAGAACACAGCAGCCGGGUAUGACGUCACUGGCUACGUUUGAGGAUUUGUGCUUGUCUGUGCAGUUGUUUUGUACCAAUUCUCCUAAAAGCACUAUAGUGAUUAAUACUUGGACUGUUGAAAGACUCUUAUAAUAGGUUGGAUUGUUGGAUUAAGGUGCAAGCAGAGUGGACACAUUCCCUAGAGAAAGAGCAAAUGUGUCUGAUAUGAGGAACAGAAUAUGAGAUGCUUUUGGUUUCGCUUCUCACAUGGACAUUGCCGUUCUUUUUUGGAGGAUCAAAAAUUCAAAAUAAUCAGCAAGAUGAUUUUCAAUAUGGAUCGACAUAAUCAUACGUAAGCAGAGCUAAUAUUUGACAAUGACUUUUCAGCUGCCCUCUCAGAAAGCACUGGGUCAGUCAAUCUUGUUAAGUGCACUUAAACAUACAAAAUGUCUUUGUAGUCACAUGUAGUUUAUUGCAUCUGUAUGACUGUUUUACACAGCUUGUUUUUAUAAUUUGAUAAUACAGUAACAUUCACUUUGUCAACAUUAACAAAUCUAUAUGCGCUCACUAUGAAGACUAAAUGAUCAUAUUCACUUUGUAAAUAAAGUUUUUGGUUGUUUA